AUGCCCUCCUACACGGUCACCGUGGCCACCGGCAGCCAGUGGUUCGCCGGCACCGACGACUACAUCUACCUCAGCCUGGUGGGCUCGGCAGGCUGCAGCGAGAAGCACCUGCUGGACAAGGCUUUCUACAACGACUUCGAGCGCGGCGCGGUGGACUCCUACGACGUGACCGUGGACGAGGAACUCGGCGAGAUCCACCUGGUCAGGAUCGAGAAGCGCAAGUACUGGCUCCAUGACGACUGGUACCUGAAGUACAUCACGCUCAAGACGCCCCAUGGGGACUACAUCGAGUUCCCCUGCUACCGCUGGAUCACAGGCGAGAGCGAGAUCGUCCUCAGGGAUGGACGUGCUAAGCUGGCCCGAGACGACCAGAUCCACAUCCUGAAGCAGCACCGACGGAAAGAACUGGAAUCUCGGCAGAAGCAGUACCGGUGGAUGGAGUGGAACCCCGGCUUCCCCCUGAGCAUUGAUGCCAAAUGCCACAGGGAUUUACCACGAGACAUCCAGUUUGACAGUGAGAAAGGAGUGGACUUUGUUCUCAACUACUCCAAAGCGAUGGAGAACCUGUUCAUCAACCGCUUCAUGCACAUGUUCCAGUCCUCCUGGAGCGACUUUGCUGACUUCGAGAAAAUCUUCGUCAGGAUCAGCAACACUAUUUCCGAGCGGGUCAUGAACCACUGGCAGGAAGACCUCAUGUUUGGCUACCAGUUCCUGAAUGGCUGCAACCCGGUGAUGAUCCGGCGCUGCACGGAGCUGCCCCAGAAGCUGCCAGUGACCACGGAGAUGGUGGAGUGCAGCCUAGAGCGGCAGCUCACUCUGGAGCAGGAGGUCCAGCAAGGGAACGUCUUCAUUGUGGACUUCGAGCUGCUGGAUGGCAUCGACCCCAACAAGACAGACCCCUGCACGCACCAGUUCCUGGCUGCGCCCAUCUGCCUGCUGUAUAAGAACCGUGCCAACAAGAUUGUCCCCAUCGCCAUCCAGCUCAACCAAACCCCAGGAGAAGAGAACCCCAUUUUUCUCCCUUCCGAUGCCAAGUACGACUGGCUUCUGGCCAAGAUCUGGGUGCGUUCCAGUGACUUCCACGUCCACCAGACCAUCACGCACCUUCUGCGCACACACCUGGUAUCUGAGGUUUUUGGCAUCGCCAUGUACCGCCAGCUGCCCGCCGUGCACCCCAUCUUCAAGCUGCUGGUGGCACACGUGCGGUUCACCAUCGCCAUCAACACCAAGGCCCGCGAGCAGCUCAUCUGCGAGUAUGGCCUCUUUGACAAGGCCAACGCCACGGGCGGCGGCGGGCACGUGCAGAUGGUGCAGAAAGCCAUGCAGGACCUGACCUACGCCUCGCUCUGCUUCCCCGAGGCCAUCAAGGCCCGGGGCAUGGACAGCACCCAGGACAUCCCCUACUACUUCUACCGCGACGACGGGCUGCUGGUGUGGGAGGCCAUCGGGACGUUCGUGGCCGAGGUGGUGGGCAUCUACUAUGAGGACGACCAGGUGGUGGAGGAGGACCAGGAGCUGCAGGACUUCGUGCGGGACGUCUACAUGUACGGCAUGCGGGGCAGGAAGGCCUCAGGCUUCCCCAAGUCCAUCAAGAGCCGCGAGAAGCUGUCCGAGUACCUGACCGUGGUGAUCUUCACGGCCUCCGCCCAGCACGCGGCCGUGAACUUCGGCCAGUACGACUGGUGCUCCUGGAUCCCCAAUGCGCCUCCGACCAUGCGGGCGCCGCCGCCCACGGCCAAGGGUGUGGUGACCAUCGAGCAGAUCGUGGAGACGCUGCCGGACCGCGGCCGCUCCUGCUGGCAUCUGGGCGCCGUGUGGGCGCUGAGCCAGUUCCAGGAAAACGAGCUGUUCCUGGGCAUGUACCCCGAGGAGCACUUCAUCGAGAAGCCCGUGAAGGAGGCCAUGGCCCGCUUCCGCAAGGCCCUGGAGGCCAUUGUCAGCGUGAUCGCCGAGCGCAACAAGCACAAGAAGCUGCCCUACUACUACCUGUCGCCGGACCGCAUCCCCAACAGCGUGGCCAUCUGA